AUGCCUUCACUUUUGCCCAACGUGGAAAAGAAGAACAAAUGCACCAAAUCUGCUACAAAAGGUGAACAGCCCUGGAAGACAUCUCCUGCCCACCGCCCCCACGAACCGAACGGACCUAACCCGAUUCGACCGACACACCCAACCUCCAGGCUCGAACUCACCAAUAUUAAUCUCCGAUCGCACGAGCCAGUCCCUUCGCGUGACGAAAUUACUUCGUCUUCGCCAACAUCCUCGAAGCCCUCACCCCCAGCUCGGCAACGUGUCGAGAGAGACAGGUUCGGCGUUGGCCGACGGCCUCGACAGGCUGGAUUUGAGUCAACUGUCUGA